AUGGAAUACAGCAUGACUCAUAAGACUGGUAGUACUUCGGUCCAGAAUAUAUUGUUUAGAUACGGCGAUACACAUGGCUUAACAAUAGCCGUUCCCCCGACAGAAGGGUAUUUAGGACAUCCAGAAUUUAAAAGAUCACUUCUACCCAAACUUAUUAAUCCAGAGACUGGACAACAAAUAUCAUACAAUAUUAUUACAAAUCACAUGAGAUUUAAUUAUGAAGAAGUUAAGGCUCUAAUGCCAUUCAACACUAAAUAUAUAACACUAUUGCGAAACCCAAACCAAUUGUUUGAAUCAUUGUUUCAUUAUUAUAAUCUAGCAAAACAUUUAAACUACACUUCUUAUGACAAUUUUGUGACUCAUUUAGAAACUAAUACAACGAUUGGAAAGUCAUUUAAACUGAAUCUAAGAUAUAAUCGUCGACUCGGAAGGAAUCAAAUGAGCUUUGAUUUGGGACUAAAUAUAACUCAAUUUGACGACAUGUCUGCCAUUUAUAGAUUCAUUAAGAAAUUGGAUGACAUUUUUGAUUUGGUUUUGAUUACUGAACGAAUGGAUGAGAGUUUGGUUUUAUUGAGACACGAGUUGUGUUGGACUAUAAGAGAUGUGAUUUCAUUCAAACUGAACGCUAGGAAACAACAAAAAUCAAUUGAAAGCAUAAAUAAAAAUAUUCAUAAAAUAUUGAGACUCAAUAGAGCCGAUCAUAUGCUUUACAAUCACUUUUAUAAAGUAUUUGAGAAAAAAGUUCAAGAUUUUGGUUUUGAACGAAUGAAAAGUGAACUCAAAUUACUUAAAGAAGAGACUAAUUAUUUAUACGAUGAAUGUGUUGAUCAAAAUACCUUGUUAUCCGAUAUACUGCCAAAACAUUUAUAUUAUUCGCCGGAUAUAAGUCGACUAAAACCCAAAGCAAAUUCCGAUGACAUUUGUGAACAGUUGACAGCAAUUGAAGGCUUUUAUAUCGAUGUCAUCCGACAGAAACAGAAUUAUUUGUAUGAAAAGAGUUUGAGAAAAGACAAA